UUACUGCGACAUCACAUUACAAAUUCGGCGGCUGUUCGAGUCAGCCGUCUGAUAAGUUUUAUUUAAAUAUAAGUGUACUUAGUGAUAGUGAUUUAGUUUUUAUUUUGUAACGUGUCCAGCGUUCUUAUAAAUAUAUCAACAUGAAAUUCACGGUUGUAUUCAUAACACUAUGUAUCAUUUCGGCAACGAGUGGUAUCAAGACGUAUCCAGAAGAGCCUAAGGAUAAAAGGGAAGCUGGCGGCACUUACCUACCACCUGGAGGAUCCUCUCACAAUUAUCCAUUAGCGUCUGGUGGCCAGGAUGAAGCGAGUGCUAUUAGUAUUGGAGCUGGCUACAGCGUGGGUGGCGCGAAACCCAGUUACAGCUACGUUGGUCAGGGGCAAGGAUCUGGUGCUUCAUACCAACUACAAUCAGAAGGUCUACCAGCCAGCGGUCAUGCGACAAUUCAACUAGCUCCCAUAACUUUGCAAGAAGGGCAAGGACACGGUCUCGUUUCUAACGAUCUGUCUCAACUUAUGAGUCAGUUAUCUCACGGUCUUAACAGUGGAGCUAUCGCCAUACCACAAGGUGGUCACGAAGGAUUAUAUCAGUUUGUAGGUCAGAGUUCUCAUGGUGGACAAGAGGCAUCUUUACCUCAACUUUCCUACGGCAGUCCUAACUUACAACAAUACUCGCUAAGUGAACAAAACCAGGGAGGAGCUCCAGCGUAUGCUUUUGGUUCCAAAGGUCUGGGAUCUUUAAGUUCUGCUACCGGUCCCGUACUAUUUUCACAAGCUGAAGGUGCUAAUCAUGGAUCUCAUAGUUUUGCAGCCCCAAGUGGAGGUCAUUCUUAUGAAGGCGCCGGCUUAGCUCAUGGUGGAUCUGGAAUCUCUUUCGCAGGUCUUUCCUUAGGAGGUUCUGGUCAUUCCUUUGGAGGAUCUGGACAAGGUCUCGGAGGUUCAGGGUAUUCUUUAAGUGGAUCUGUGCCAUCUUUGCAUUCUUUGUCUGGAUCUGGUCAUUCUCUUGGAGGAUCUGGUAAUUCCUUAGGAGGUUCUGCUUACUCCUUAGGUAGUGCUGGUGCUGGACACUCAUUUGGUGGUUCUUUGAAAGGUUACAGUGGCAACUAUGCUGCUCCAGGAAAAUCUAGCUUUAAGCCAUCCGCAUUUCUAGGUGCAUCAGUUCAGGGUGAUUCAGGCCAUGGUUUCUCCGGUCUUUCAGCAUCAUCAAUUUCCAACUACCAGCCAUCUUCAGGACACGGUCCUUCAUUGAUUUCAGGCAACCAUGGAGCUAGUUUUGGAUCUUUGUCUGGGUAUAAUGGUGGUUCAUCUAAACUGGCACACUCAUACUUGCCUCCUAAGUCAGAAGGUUUCGGUUCAAUAGAGUCUAUAGCUUCUGCAUUUUCUGCUAGUGGUCAAUUAUCUUCACCACCUCGUACCACGUACGGUAUUCCGUCAGCUUCACACUCUGCAAGCAAUGUCCAUGCAGCCGCUGUUCCAAGCCCCGCCUAUUAUGUUAGUUCUGCCAAACAUUCUUCUCCCAGUUUUGGGUCAGGAAGUUCAUUUAGAGGUCCAUUAGCAAGCCACAGCUCAUUCAGCUCUCAUUCCUCAUCCCCUAAAUAUAGUUUUGGAGGUCACAGCAACUCCCGUUACGUUCCAUCCCAUGAUGCUCAAGGAUCAUACAGCGAAAACACUUAUAACACAAUAAAAUACAGCGAAGAGCUCAAGCCCCGCCAUAACUGAAAGAAAGUUAAAUAGGUCACCAAUGAAAUUAUUGUGUACUGUAAAUAUUAGCCUUAUGUGUGAAUGUUUUUGCUUCAUAAAGAGUAAUGUAUGUGAUUUUAUAUAGCGAAAGUGAUACAGUUUCUCUGGAUACUAUUUAAAGUUUUCGCUAAUUAAUUACCAAAAAUUACCGAAAUGACUCACUCUGACAGCAAACUGUUCUCGAAACAACCGCAUAUUAGAUUGAGAGGCAGCUUUCUUUUUAACAUAAUGAUGUUUUAUAUAAUACCUCCAUUUACGAUACCCGCUAUAACACCUGAUCUGAAAAUAUUAAUAUGCAUAUGAUACGAAAAAUGUACACAAUUUGAAUUUGAAUACGACGUGAAUUUCUGUAAAUAAUAUUAAUAUUAGGAUUGCUUAUUUAUUGUUGAUAAAUGCUGUUAUACUAUUUUUGUUAUUAAUAAAACUUUGUUGUUUAUA